AUGGGAGAACAAGAAUGCUCAUCCGAUUUCUCUUUUAACAACCUUACCAAAAGAAAGAAUAAUCUUUUUAAUUUAAUUUCCUUCAGCGACACAGAAGGAAAAGAAGAGAAAAGAAAAUGUCUUAUAGAUAUCGAAGAAGGAAAGAUUUGGAAAAAAAGAAAAAUAAAAAAAUGUUACACACGAUUAAGAAAGAUUGUUCGUCUACGCAACAUGAAAACCAACGUUCAAAAUGUUACAGUCGAAGAUUUGUUUAAAAAAUAUGAUCAGAAGGAUGAAAAAAAAUAUUUUUGUUUUCAUGAAAAGAAUGAUAAGAACGGAAAAAUAUACACUUUUGUAAAUUAUGAAUAUGUAAAAAUUUUGAAGAAGGUAAAAGAAUUAAACGAUUGUGUCACAUCCUUUUUAAGGAAAAAAAAAGGAGAUACAUUAAAGGUGAUGUAUGAUUUGUGUGAUAAGGAAAGGGAAGGAGAAAAAGAAAAAAAUCGAGGUGAUUAUAAUAAUUAUUGUAAUAAUUAUGGUAAUAAUUGUUGUAAUAAUUAUUGUAAUAAUUAUGGUAAUGAGAAGAAAAACUUGAAAAUACUCCUGGAAACACUCGAUAAAGAGAAAAUACCCAUAUAUAGCUCGAAAGAAUAUUUUACAAAUAUAUCUAAAGAAUAUACCCUAUAUAACAAAAAAUACAAAAUAAUUAAUAUGGUAUAUGUGAAAGAAGGUAAUGAUGGGAGUUGUGAAAAAAUUAAUUAUAAAAAAAAAAGAAGGAAUUCAAUAAAAAGAAAAAUACAAAAAAUAUAUUUAUGUCCAAAGGAAACCUUCUUUAAUCCUUUUUUUAAUAAUUUUAUAACAUAUGAACAUGGAAUAAAAUUAGAAAGACAUCUAACUAAACACUUAUGUCAUCGAAACAUUGUUUUAAUGGAUUCCUUCUUUUUUUUUCAUAAUUAUAUUGUUACAAUGUACCCCUUUGGAGGUUAUCCUUUAAUGGUAUGGUGUAAAGAAAAACAAAAAUUCGUUUUAGGAAAUGAAGAAAGAAAAAAAAAAAAAAAAAAAAUUAUGAGUAUACCUGAAUUUUUGGGACAAUAUCCUAAUGUUCCUUAUGUAUUCAAAGAUUAUAUGAGUUCGAAUGAUUUUAUAAGUGGUAUAAAUAAUAUAAAUGAAUCAGAUGCUCUUUUUAAUAACAUAGAGUAUAUAAACGAAGCGAAUGACCAAGAAGAAAACAAAUUGGAACUUAAUGAUAAAAGGAAUAUCUCAAUGAAUUAUUUGAAUGUUCCGCAUGAUAAGGAACAUGUUUUAAAUGUUCAUACCUUUUUUCCCCAUAUAAUUCAUAAUAAUUAUUAUAAUGGUAUACCUCAUGGGAUAGUCAGCAAUACAGGGUGCACACAAAGAAAUGAAAAAUGGGAUAUAGAAAAAAAAAAAAUGAAUAAGGAUAUGAAGACAUUAAAAAGGAAAUUAAAGGUUAUAAAAGGGAACAAAACAAAAGUAAAAAGAAAAAUAAUAAAAAAGGAAAUGAAAAAAGUGAAGAAAGGGAAGAAAAUUAACAAAAUGAAGAAAGUGAAGAAAAUUAACAAAAUGAAAAAAGUGAAGAAAGGGAAGAAAAUUAACAAAAUGAACAAAAUGAACAAAAUGAACAAAAUGAACAAAAUGAACAGAAUUAAUAACAGAAGGAAGAAAGGGUACAAGAAAAAACUUGCCUAUGUAUAUCCUGAAUAUAUAAUAGCUGAAAUAUUAAGACAAUUAUUAAAUGUUUGUUUAUAUUUAUAUAGAAAGAAAAUAUUUCAUAGUGACAUCAAACCAUCAAAUAUCGUUAUAAAGAAUGUUCACAAAAAACAUAUGGAUAUAAUUUGCUAUUGUAAAAAGAAUAAAAUGUGGUAUUUAUACAAAAGAGGGAAAAUAAUAAAAAGAAAAAUUUGUAUAAAAUUAAUUGAUUUUGAAUAUUGUCAAAUAAUAUAUGAUAAAAAUGGUUUAGUUAAGUCAGGUGGAACAACAUCAAUAUUUAAACCUUUAGAAGAUUUUAAAAAUAAAAAAAUCUAUGCUCUACCAAAACUUGUAUGGAUAAUAGGUAUAACCAUUUUUAUUUUAUUAACAGGUACUCAUCCAUUUAGUAAAAUCAAUAAUGAUGUUCAUAUUUAUUUUAUUCUAUCUAAUAAUAAAUUCCAUAUAAAAACAAAAUUAAAAAAAUAUCAUUAUCUUUCUCAACCUUGCAAAGAUCUAUUAAAAAAAAUGUUAACAUUAAAUUAUCAAAAUAGAAUAUCAUUCAUUCAGGUCUUUAAACAUUCAUUUACUCUUUUUGGAUAA